AUGAUUAUUCGUACUAGACCACUCAUUCAAGUUCUACCUAGAUAUAAUUAUUUCUAUCGAUUAAAUUCAUCAAAGAAUAAAUUUUCUUCAAUUGAAAAUUUCAAUAAAAAUAAAACAACUUAUAAUUUUGGAUACAAUUUCCAUGAUUUAAAAGAUUUAGAUAAUAAAAUCAAUCCUCAACCUAAAGAAUCAAGAAAAGAUAUAGGUACUAAUAGUAAACCCAAUGAUUAUGGUAAUGAUAAUGAUAAACCUAUUGAUAUAAAUGCUCUUCUUGAAAAUGAUCCUCGAUUACUUAAAUUAAAACCUGGCACAGCAGAAUAUCGAGAUGAAUUAAAGAAAUUACAUCAAGAAUUUGAAUCAAAUCAAAAAAAACAACGAUCUCGUCAUGAAUUUAAUCAAAGAAUUAAAGGAAUGGUAUUUGGUUUAUUGGCUUUAAUUGGAAUAGUUUCAACUCAUCAAUUAUUAACCAAUUAUGAAUCAAUAAAAAAUAGAUUAUUAUCAAAUUAUAAUUAUUCUGAUUUAAAUGAAGAUAAUAUUAAUAUUAAAUCUACCAAUAAAAAAAAUGUCAAAAGUACUAAAUAUAUGUUAGAAAAAUUGGCUAAAGAAUUAAAUGAUGAAAAUUUAAAUCAAAUACAAGAUUCUAAAACAGUUAGUGGGGUUUAUAUUUUUGGUAAUAAUGAUGGUAAUGAUGAUGGUAAUGAUGGUUGUAAAAUCCCUUUACGUAUACCAUUUUUCAAUAAUAUGUAUUUGAAAGAUGCAUAUAUUGAAAAAGGCCAUUUAAUUGUUAUAAAUGAUCAAGGUAAAGUUUACGAAUGGAAUAAAGAUUGGUCAAAUGUUAAAUUAAUCAAUUUACCAUUUAAAAUUGAAAAAAUAACUCCAACUAAAGAUUAUUUUUAUUUUUUAACAAAUAAGGGAGAAAUUGUUUAUAUACCAAGAAUUAAAUCCAAUUCUGAAUUUAUUCCAUUACAAAGAAGAAAUUGGUUUGGAAUUUUAACAACCCAAAUUUAUAAUAAAUUGAAUAUUAAAGAUAUUAAAAGUUUUUCUUCUGGUGAUGAUCAUUUAUUAUUAUUGAAUAAACUGGGGAAAGUUUUCGUUGUAAAUUGUUCAAAUAAUCCUAUAAAUCGUGGUCAAUAUGGUCCAUCCUAUUCACCUUUUACAAAGGAAAAUAAAAUCCCGGUUAAUCAACCAAUUGAUCUUACAUUGUUAAAUAAUAGAAUUAUACAAACUGAAAAUAAACAAGGGAAAGCUGUUGUUCCUCGAGUUUUCAAUUAUAUUUCUAGUGGGAAAUAUUUCAACAUUGUAUGUGAUGAUAAUGGGAAUAUUUGGACUUGGGGGGAUAAUUCUUGUGGACAAUGUGGAGACAUCAAUACUACUGAUUUAAAGCCAGUACCAAAAAUUGUAUUUACUAAAUCAGAUUUUAAACGAGUAUUAAGAAAUGUUUUACCACCACGAAUUCAAGAAGAAUAUAUUCAUAUUAAAAAAAUUUCUACUGGUGAUGAUUCAUCAUAUGUUCUUAUUAAUUAUUUGGAUAAAGAUGUAUUGAUAUCUUUUGGUAAUGGGAUUAAUGGUCAAUUAGGAGGAGGUCGAUAUAUGCAAGUAUGUUGUUGGCCAGAAAUUGUCAAAUCAUUAAUUGGAUUGAAUGAAUUUGAUGAAUCAUUAAAUUCAGUGAAACCAAUUAAGAUUAAAGAUAUAAAUGUUGGUAAUAAACAUCUUUUCAUUACUUUAGAUAAUGUGGGACAUAAUAAAGAUGUUUAUGCAUUGGGAGAAAAUGAAUUUGGACAACAAGGAAAUGGGAAGAAAAAUAAAUCAUGUAAACCAAUGAAAAUACCAAAAUUAAUUGAACCAGAAGAUGGUAAAGAUAAAUUACAAUUAGUAAAGAAUUUGAAUGAUGUGAAUACAAAGAGAUUACUGUUAUUAAAUGAAUGGAAGAUUUCUAAAAAUGUGGUUGUUGAUCAAGUCAUAAUGGCAGGAAAUGAUGCUUCAAUUAUUUAUUACAAAAAAGUUCAAAAAUGA